AUGCAAAAUCAGUUCUCAGAAUAUCAAAGUUCAAAUAACGAAAGUAUCGUCACUUUUUCAGGAAGUCCUACAUCUCCACGAAGCCAGCAAAAUUUCAGUGGCGACCCCCUUGAUUCUUCAGAACCUGAAGAAAAUUCAAGCGACAACAAUUCGUCAGACAAGGAAGAUAUCAUGUCUUUAGAAGAAAUCUCUAGCAAGCACAUGGCGCUAAGAGCCUCAACAGCUCCCGCAAGGCCUUUGAGUGACAUUGAAGAGUUCCGUAGGACUUCUGAUUUCCUUUUAUUAGAACAUACAGUUAUAUGCGCAUCCCAAUUAAUCCAAAAUCAAGACCAAAAGUACGAUCUCGACUCAGAAGAAGGCCAAAGAGCUUGCAAAAAAUUUUUAAAUCAAAUUGAAAGACUUUGUGAAGUUUUUAAAGUGAACUGUGUUUCUCGUGAUUAUAGGAAGGCUUUUUCAAAGGCCUAUCAAGUCUUAUAUAAAGAAGGCACGCUUUGCUUUCUUACUGAAAUAUUGGAUUCAGCACAGGAAGGGUUUCCUUACUUGUAUGUGAAUGGGGAAAAAUAUUUAUUUUCAAGCGAAGUUUUAGAUGCAGGCAGCAAAUUAUUCCAUUCAUUUUGCAAAAUCCAGCAUAUCUUUCGUGAAAUCUACAACCGCAUUUGUGAAGAAACGUCCACAGGUGUGGUAGGAGAAAUAAUUAGCGACUUAACAGAGGCUCUGCAAGAUUUUGACACAAAUUGGGUGGAUUUCGAGCAUUUGUAUGUCCAUGAGCUGAUGGUAAUAGAAACCGACGCAAGGAGAUUUAUCACACAAGCCAUUGAGCUGGAAAGGGAAAUGUCACUGAUUGAGGUAAAAGAAAAGGCGAGAGGAAGGGUGACUUUGGACUCCGAGGAAUUUAAUGGCCUGAGGGAUAAGUUUGUAACGAUUAUUGGCAAAAUUAACUCAGUUGCAAAUGUGGAAGGAAAAGGAAGAGAUGAUUUAUCACUUAAUAUUUUGCUAGCUGCAGAGGGGAUUUCAAGAAGAAUGCAUCCUAUGCAAAGUCACCCAAUAAAAAAAUUGGCUGAUAAAAUUAGGCAGGCUUUUACAGCAUUUCGCACAUUAUUUAGAAAAUACGACCAAAACAUUGAAGUCGUUGACCCACAGCUUAAAAACAAUCCAGAACUCGUUGAAGCAUUAACCAACUUUGAAGGAAGCUGGGAGCGCGGAAAAGAGUACAUUUUAAAUUCCAAAAGAUGCAACCAAGUCGUCUACAUCUACAAUAUGAUUGAAAAGCACGCUGAAAAAUACCCUACUUUCAAGGAACAGCUUGAAUUUUCGGACUCACAGCUCUUCGUAAGUGUUCCUUCCCUGCUCGUUCUAAAGUGCCUAGAAGACGACGAUAAAGGGAUUUGUAAGCACUUCUGCCCACUUAUUUAUGAAGAGCACGAAGAAAUCGGGAUCGUCUUUAAGAGGCUGAAAAGAAGCUACAAACUAGGAAAACUCGCCAGUUCUUCAGUGCAGGAGUAUGCAGAACUGCUGGAAAUGAUGAUAAUUGGCGAAAAAGUGAACCAAAAAUCACGUACACAGAUCAUAAACCCUAAAUUUGACAACUUAGACCAUGUACUGACGAAAAUUACUAAUUUAUCGAUUGCAAUUCAAAGAAAUAGGCCGAGUGAAUGGAACAGAUUUCUAGAUGUUGUUCUUUGCUAA